AUGGCGGCACAAUUAUCGGUACCUUUUGUUUCUGUAAAGAUUUUCAUCUCAGAUAUGCCUCUUCUAGACAGGCACUGCGACACUUUAUCGCUCUAUUGCCCGUCCUUGCUUUUGGAAAGCUUACUGCUUAGCAUGGGCGACAGUCCGCCAAGCGAGCGAUCGCCGCAUCCGGUCUUAGAGCUGCCAAUUGCCUUAUCACUUCGGAAAAGCACUUAG